AUGUUAAGGAUAAGUAACCUUGUAAUUCCUGCGUCAAGCACUCGUCAACUUCCCGGAAAGAACAAUGCACAAUUAAGAUUAUCAGUAAAUUGUUAUGAAGAUGUUAGAAAUGACCGUUUUAAUAAUAAUAACGAUAAUGAUGAAGGAAUUAAUAUGAUUUUAGCUCAUGCCAAUGGAUUUCAUAAAGAAAUUUGGGAGCCCAUUAUAAGAUCACUGUUUAAUAAUAAAAAUUUAAAUAUUAAUAAGAUUUUCGCUUUAGAUUGUUCUAAUCAAGGUGAAAGUGCUGUUUUAAAUGAAAAUAUUUUACCUGAUACUUAUAAAUGGUGGGAUUAUGGUUAUGAUAUCCUUCAAGUCAUUGAUUACGCUCAAAUCGAAGAACCAAUAGUAGGCAUUGGUCAUUCAUUAGGUGGAACCGCGACUUUUAUGGCCGAAUUAAUUAGGCCUGGUACUUUCUCGUGUAUCGUUGCUAUUGAUCCAGCAAUAUCUCCAGCUAUGUUAAAUUAUGCUAUGACUACACCAACUUUAAAAAGAAAAGACACCUGGGAAAAUAGAGAAGCUGCGAAAGAAUCGUUUCUUAAAAAUAAAUUUUUUAAAAGGUGGGACCCUAAAGUAUUGGAUCUUUACGUUGAAUAUGGAUUACGAGACUUGAGUAAUGGACUAGUAACGCUCAAAUGUUCAAAAUUUCAAGAACACUACACGUUUGUGCAUGAUAUUCAUGGGGCAUUUCAAGCAUUCGAUCGAUUACACGAAAUUGAAUGUCCAAUAUUAUUUAUGACCGGUGAAAAAUCUGAAAUGAAUUCGAGAGAGUGGGCUUCACUUAAACAAUCACGAACUCGACGCGGUGAAUGGCAUGAAAUUCCCGAUUGUGGUCAUUUGGUGAUAAUGGAAAAACCAGAACUGACGAUUUUUCCUAUCGAAUCGUUCGUUCAUAAGCAUUUGGUUGAAUUAAAGGACAUUCCGACAAUUCCUAACAAUCCAUCUAGAAUUGAUGAAUAUACAGGGUUUCAAAUCCAUCCAAAGUUAUAA